AUGUCUCUUGGCAUCAGCCAAGAGGCAGCAUCCAAUUAUUCCCAGGCACGGCCUGCAGCAGCCAGCUCUGCCCCCGCUGCCGGCACUUCGUGCAGCAGCGCAGCCCAGCAGCCCGAGACGAGAGAGGAGCAGGGCCUGAAGACACUGAGGAGCAUCGUGAGUCUGGGCCAGCCAGUGAGCAAAUACACGGCAUUUGAAGAACUUGGGCGAGGGGGUUUUGGCGCUGUUUAUAAGGCCCUUGACACCAGCACAGGACAACAGGUGGCCAUCAAGAUCAUGUCACUCCAAGAGGAGAUGUCCGAGGAGCUGGCUGUCAAUGAAAUCCUGGUCCUGAGGGACAACAGGAAUCCCAAUAUUGUCACCUACUUGGACAGCUACCUGGUGGGUGCGGAGCUCUGGCUGGCCAUGGAGUUCAUGGACGGCGGCACGUUGUUUGAUGUGCUCAGGGCAGUGUACCUGGAGGAAGGACAGAUAGGCGCUGUCUGUCGGGAGUGCCUGCGAGGACUGCAUUUCCUUCACUGCCGCCAAGUCAUCCACAGAGACAUCAAGAGCGGCAACGUUCUCCUGGGCAUGGACGGAGCCGUCAAAUUGGCUGACUUUGGCCUCUGCGCUCAGCUCAGCCCUGAGCGCAGCAAGCGCAGCUCCAGCGUCGGCACUCCCAGCUGGAUGGCACCGGAGGUGGUGCGAGGAGAAGCCUACGGCCCCAAAGUGGACAUCUGGUCCCUGGGGAUCAUGGGGCUGGAAAUGGUGGAAGGGGAAGCUCCUUACCAGAGGGAAGCCCGUCUCAGGGUUUUUGAACUGAUAGAAAGGAACGGGCCCCCAAAACUGCAGAACCCCAGGCAGCACUCGGCUCUCCUGCGCGACUUCCUCCGCUGCUGCCUGCAGGCAGACCAGGACAGGCGCUGGAGUGCCCAGGAGCUCCUGCAGCGUCGAGGAGGAACCUCUCCGGGUGCCCACCUUCGGCCAGGCCAGGUGGAAGGGGAGGUUCCAGCCGAAAGGCCGAACCGCUACCCUGGGCCCCGGCUAAAGGAGCUGGAGGCGGGGAGCGGCCACUCGGUGGCGCCGCUCGGAGGAAAAGGGCUGGGCAGCUCGCCGCUUACGAGGCGCGCCCUCUCUGCCGGGAUCCAGGCCGCGGCGACACGAGCCCCUGAGAAACAGCAAGCAGGACCAGAGGAGCUUUGCGUCAAGAGCUAA